UAGCCUUCUGUUGAAUCUUCAAGCCCAGGAGGUUCAGCAACAUCUGAUGACCAUGAAUUUGAUCCAUCAGCUGAUAUGCUGGUGCAUGACUUUGAUGAUGAACGGACAUUAGAAGAGGAGGAAAUGAUGGAAGGAGAAACAAACUUCAGUUCUGAAAUAGAGGAUCUUAACAGGGAGAGUGACAUGCCCAUCCAGGAGCUGCUUAGCCGUUACGGCUACGAUGGUACCAUUCCACUCCAAGAAGAUGAUGAUGAUGAAGAUGAUGACGAGGAGGAGGAGGAGGGAGAAGAUGAUGAUGAUGUUGAUAAUGAUGACAACAGUGGCUGUAGUGGUGAAAACAAAGAGGAGACCAUAAAAGAUUCAUCAGGUCAGGAAGAUGAGACCCAGUCAUCUAAUGAUGACCCAGCACCAUCUGUUGCUUCUCAAGAUCCACAGGAGAUCAUUCGCCCUCGUCGGUGUAAAUAUUUUGAUACAAAUAGUGAAAUAGAAGAGGAAUCUGAAGAAGAUGAAGACUAUAUUCCCUCAGAAGACUGGAAAAAGGAAAUCAUGGUGGGCUCUAUGUUUCAAGCUGAAAUUCCAGCUGGCACAUGCAAAUACAAAGAGAAUGAAAAAGUGUAUGAAAAUGAUGACCAGCUGCUGUGGAAUCCUGACUUCUUACCAGAAGACAAAGUGAUUGAGUUCCUGAGCGAAGCAUCAAGGCGUACGGGGGAUGAGAAAGGCUUGGAUGCCAUUCCUGAAGGAUCCCACAUUAAAGACAAUGAGCAGGCCUUGUAUGAACUGGUUAAGUGCAAUUUUGAUACUGAAGAGUCAUUGAGAAGGUUGAGAUUUAAUGUGAAAGCAGCCAGAGAAGAAUUAUCUGUUUGGACAGAAGAAGAGUGUAGGAACUUUGAACAAGGACUGAAGGUCUAUGGCAAGGAUUUUCAUGUGAUUCAGGCAAAUAAGGUACGAACAAGAUCAGUUGGUGAGUGUGUAGCAUUUUAUUACAUGUGGAAGAAAUCGGAGCGUUACGAUUUCUUUGCCCAGCAGACCCGCUUUGGGAAGAAGAAAUACAACCUCCAUCCUGGUGUCACAGAUUAUAUGGACCGUCUCCUGGAUGAAAGUGAAAGUGCUGCCUCCAGCAGAGCUCCGUCCCCUCCUCCUACAGCCUCCAACAGCAGCACCAGCCAGUCGGAGCGGGAGGACAGCACAGCCAGCAGCAGCAACCAGAAUGGGGUGUCUGCCAAUGGGCCAGGUGAGAUACCAAAUAAAGAUGAAGCAAAAAUUGAAGGCUUGCAUGUAAAUGGACCUUCCAGUGGCAAGAAAACACCUCACACAGAUCUGGAUACAAAUGGGUAUGAGACUGAAAACCUUGCCAGUGACCCAAAAUUUGCUCAUUCAGCUUCAAGAAAUGAAAAUGAUUUUGAAGAAAAAAAUGAAAGACCUCUAAAAAGAAGAAGAAUAAACAGCAAUGGGAAAGAGAGUCCAGGUUCUUCAGAGUUCUUCCAAGAAGCAAACUCACAUGGAAAGCUUGAGGAACUAGAAACUUUGGAUGACUGAAUACUAGGAGCCAGUUUUAUUCCUUGGAGUAAAUUUUGGGUGUCUGAAAUUUUCAGGGUUGAUGGGUUACCUUACAAAAUCCAGUUCUGUAAAACAGUCUGCUGAGGGUUUGUUUUUUUUCCCCUAAUACCUUCCAGUUGGCUCUUUGUUUCAGUGCUGAAAAGCAGUAGGAGAAUAUUGUGUUUCUCAGAGCUGGCAACUGUAGUUCUGGGAACUCUUUUUAAGGCUCUUAAAAAUAUUUCAGAAACAAAUCAGUGAGUUUCUGCAAAAAAAACCACUCCCAGCCUAAGACAUGAAAGAAACUUGUGUGUGUUUAAUGCACCAUUUAAGCAUUGUACAAGUGAACAAAGCAUCCUAUUUGAGGCAGGGGCUGGUUCAAGUGUUGCAGGAGGAUAAAAUGAAAUCCAGAAUCCCAAGCCCUGCAUGGGAGUAGGCACAGAAAGUUCCACCCAUGAGAAAAGUGUCAUCCCCUUGUUAAGGAACCCUUAUGAAUCCUGAAAGUUAUGAGCACAACUAUUUUUAUAUAUAGAAGUUUUAAAAGGUAAAUAAACCAGGUCAGGUUUGUAUAUGUAAAAUUGUUGACAUCAAUGAUGUCUUUCCAUAUUCUUUAUCUGGGCUAAAGAAAUACAUUCUGUAUUUUUCCAGAUUUCUUUGUAGCCUUUGAAAGAUUUUUUACAGUACUUACGUCUUGAUUGAACUGUCCUUUCUUAAAACAAAAGCUUGUAUAAUUUUCUUAACUUGUACAGUUGGUAAACUUUUAUGAGAGAAUUGAUAUCCUGAGUCUAAUGUCAGCUUCAUUUUAUUUUGCUGAAUCUUUUCUAA